UUGGAGUAAGGAGACGUUACGAAUCGGAGGAAGUCUUCUUCAGAAAAAUCAAAUCGGAAGAAAAAAUCGAACGAAACUUAAAUGGGAAUUGAUAAUGUCUGGUACAGUUUAACCAAUUCGAACCGAAACAAAAUCAAAUCGGGAAAUAACGUUAUUCUAAAUUCGGUUUUUAUUGGUUGGUUAUUACUUAUUAGUAACCUUGUGCGACGGCUCGAAUCAGCUACUAUCAUAGAUAACCAGGAGCUGCGCCGUCCGUCGCCGUCGGUAUCAGCGGGAAAAGGAAGUUCCUUUGACGGAGGCUCAGAAUAUCUUAUUACCGCGAGUCUUGAUCGUGACUGCAGGAAGUUUGGUGGUGGUCGUGGUACUCUAGUUGCAAUGACAACGGAAACGGGAAGGAAGAAGAGAACUCCACAGAUUCUUAAGACAGAUACGAGCCAUACGGCACUAAAACUUGCUGAGAAGUGGGUUGCCAAUAUGACAACGCCUGCAGAGGAUGAGCCUGAACAAGAAGUUCGAACCCACGGGCUUGGACUUGGUGCUAAAGUGUCACGGCAAAUGAAGCGUAGACCUUCAGACGACCCUCUUGAUCAAAAACUACAAGCCAAGUUUGAUGCAGGGAGAAGAAAACAUGCAAGAACUGACGCACAGUCUGCUAGUGCCAGUAAGAACGCCGGUGAUGACACUGAGGAUGAUGAUGACGAAUCAGAAAGCAAAAGCCAAGCGUUCGGAAAGAAAAGGCAAAACAGAAGUACGCGUUGUUAGUACUAUAGUUUAGAAUCAUGGGCUUGUUUAUUUGGUUCAUUGUUCGAACAUGAUUGCUAACAAACAUAAUCUUUAUCUUAUUUAAAGUUCAAGCCUCAUGUUAUUACCA